AUGCGCGUCCUCCGCACCCUGUGCCAGGGUCCCAGCCUGAGCCACUGCGCCCCUGCACCCUCCCUGCACCUGCUGCGCCAGAGUCCCAGCCCCUUGCACCCCGUCCCAUCCCCAGGGGCUGUCCUCUCUGGCCAGACGCGCGGGGCCCCGCAGAGGCGCGUGUCGGCCGCCUGUCCGUCCUGCCGCCGCGGCCGCUGGGGCCUCAGGGGCCCCGUUCGGAAAAGGAGGUUCACGCAGCCGCCCCCAGAAACACCGGCCCCGGGCUGGAGGCUGGGCUCGCCCCGAGGCCGGGAGCAGACCUGGGCCUGCCCGGACAUCGUCCCGUCCUCCCUCCCCCAGGACCGCGUCCGGCCGCGGGGUCUGGGUCACCGGCGCCUGGGCCGAGCACCCCGAGGUCGGCGGCUCCCCAGAGCCAGCUCGCGCCAGUGCAAGCUCCUGCCGACGUUUCCUUUCGCUAAGCCCCAAGUGCAGAGCGAGCAGCCCGAGUUUGCGGUGGGCACGACCUGGCCCUUCGAGUGCCUGCCGGGGUAUAAGAGGAGGACGUUCCAGACCGUCUGCCUGGACACGUCCCGGUGGGCCGCAGCGCCGCAGCCCUGCCCACACGGGGGCCGCGCGCUUGCUGCCCGGCGUCUGGGCUGCGCAGAGCGACCCCUCGUCUCCGGGGCCUCGGGGUCGGGUCUGCGGCAGAAGGGGAGGCGGUGGCUGCCCGCCGGCCUCCGAGGGCUCCGGGCCUCGCUUCCCUACGCCCUGCGCUGCUGCGCUCAAGUGCGGCUGUUGACGGAGAUAGUUCCGGGAGGCAAAUCAUGCGUGAACCCCAAAGACCUCCUCCACGGCUCGGUCCUCGUCCACUCGGGGAUCGAGUUUGGGUCCACGAUUACUUAUUCUUGUGACGCCGGAUACCGACUCAUUGGCCGCCCCAGUGCCAUGUGCGUGGUCUCGGGCAACACCGUGAUGUGGGACACGGACCCGCCGCUCUGUGAAUGCAAGCCCUGCACUAACCCCCCGGACCUGCAGAACGGCAGGAUGGUCAUAGACAGAGACACCAGAUUCGGGUCCACGAUCACCUACACCUGCAACGAGGGGUUUCGCCUCAUCGGGCAGUCCUCCAGCACAUGUAGCCUCUCGGGGGACGGCGUCGCGUGGGACAACGAGCCCCCUCUCUGUGAGAGUAUCCCUUGCGGGCCGCCCCCGAGCAUCGCCAACGGACGCUUCACGAGCUCGAGCCUCGAUUACUUCCCCUACGGGUCGGUGGUCACCUACCAAUGCCUCCGCAGCGUGUCGGACUGGAGGACGCCGCCCCUGAGCCUGGUGGGCCCCAGGACCAUCUACUGCACCAGCACCGACGGCCACACGGGCGUCUGGAGCGGCCCCGCCCCCCACUGCCUGCCGCCCCGCUCCUGCUCGCCCCCCACCCUGGGCCCGGGGCUCUGGGUGUCCUCGAACAGGAGCCUGUUCAACGUGGGGGACACGGUGACCGUGCAGUGCCUGCCGGGCUUCAUCCCCAAGGGGCCGACGCAGGUGCGCUGUGAGCCACAGAACCGCUGGGGCCCGCAGCUGCCCACGUGCUCCAGGGAGGAGGCCUGCGCCGACCUCCCGGACCGGCUCCCAAAUGGCCGCGUGCUGCCCCCGCGGGGCCACAGGCUCGGGGCAAGAGUGGCCUUCGCCUGUGAUGAGGGGUUCCGGAUGGAGGGCCCCACGGUCAUCUCCUGCGUCCUGCAGGGAGAGAGCCCCAUGUGGAGCAGCAGCCCCCCAACAUGCGAGCGAAUCUUGUGUCCGCACCCGCCCGCCAUCCCAAACGGGCGCCACUCCGGGGACACACAGCAGGACUUCCCCUAUGGCACGGUCGUCACCUACACCUGCGACCCCCGCCCGCUGGGGGGCCCCGCCUGGGAGACUGGCCUGGGCAGCAGUGUCCGAGAGGACGAAAAUCUCCCCAACCGGGCGGCCACCGUGGGGAAAGGGCGCCCUCGCGUGGCCGGCGGCGACCCAGGCAACCGCAGCCCGGGCCUCGGCGGCCUCCCUUGCGGGGACCCCGCCCCCGGCUUGGGCUCGGGCCGGGACCCCUUCUCACCCCCCUUCUCUGAUGAAGGCGAUGAGGCCCCCGGGAUGCGGGGGGGGGGGGGGGCCCGGUGCCUGCGGGGCGGGGCCGUGCACACCCCACCCGCGGGCCCUGAGCCCCGCCUGCGCCCUCACUUUGCCGCCGUGCUGGGCCCUGCAGGCUUCUGCGAGGCCCCACGGGACCUUCCCUUCGCCGAGCCCACGGCCACGGGGCCGGAGUCCACGUUCCCGGUGGGGACGGCCCUGAGUUACCGCUGCCGCCCGGGGUACUCGGGGGACGACUUCUCCAUCACCUGCCUGCAGAGCCGGGCCUGGUCGGGGGCCGAAGGUCGCUGUCACCGGAGGUCCUGCGGAGCCCCCCCUGAACCCCGCAACGGCGUGGCGCGACUGAACACCGACACCCGGUUUGGAGCAAAGGUUGAUUACUCCUGUAACGAGGGCCCUGUCCUGCAGCGGGGAGCCCGCCCACCUGCCCCGCUGCUGGGGCCCCACGGGGCUCAGGCCCUGCCCCGGCCCGUCCGCUGGACCUGGGAGGUGAACUGCAGCCUGCCCCCGCUGGAGGGCGCCCGGAAGGAGCUGGAGGCCGGCCGGGCCUACCGCCCGGGGGACAGCGUCAAGGUGGCCUGCGAGGACGGCUACACGCUGCAGGGCAGCCCCCGGAGCCAGGUGAUGAACCCCCAGGGCGGCUGGAACCUCCAAGUUGGUCAGGACCCCCAGGGUGGCCAGAACCCCCAGGGCAACCAGGACCCCCAGAGUGGCUGUGACCCCCAAACUGGCUGUGACCCCCAGGGCGGCCGGGACCCCCAGGGUGACUGA